GAGCUCCGCCGGCCGCCCCGGGAUUUAAAUGUCCUUCCUUCCGCUCCUCUCCGUCUCGGGGUGCGCGGGCGUCAGGCUGGACCCCUUUCCUGAGGGACCUCUCCUCCCGAGGACGCCCGCGAAUCAAAGGGUGCGAGCCGGGCCCGUGGCAGCUGGCUCUUCCCCUUACCGGGGGACCGCGGCGUGCCCGGGGCUCCCGCCAGCGGAGUUCGGUUUGCACCGGGGAGGGGGCCGGGUCGGGCUCCGUGCGAGCCGCGGGGAGCUGCGGCCGGCGGCGGCCGGAGCGCGAGGCGGAGGGGCUUGGCGUCGGCUCCCGCGUCCCUCCCGGCGCGGCCGCCUGGCAGUCGGGCACGACCCCGCACUUUGUUCUCGUUUUCAGGCUUAUUUGUGCCCCUUUCAGUUUUCUGUCACCCUCCGAAAAGGGGAAACCAAACAAAAGAGUCUCUUUAUUUCUUUUCAGGGCUUGUAAAGUAGAAGAUAUUUGACA